AGAGAGAGAGCUCGAAGAAGGGGAAGAAGAUGGAGAUGGAAGGAGAGGGGAGGGAGAAGGGACGGGAGUCGGCGGUGGGGGAGCUGGCGGCGGUGGCGGAGGAAGGGGAGGAGGAGAUGGAGGAGACGGUGGGUUCGAGCUUGACGAUGGAGCGGGUGGCCGCCGCAAAGCAGUUCAUUGAGAAUCACUACAAGAAUCAGAUGAAGAACAUACAGGAGAGGAAAGAAAGGCGUUGGUUCUUGGAGAGAAAAUUGGCUUCUUCACAAGUUUCCAAGGAGGAACAACUCAAUUUAUUGAAGGAUCUUGAGAGAAAGGAGACAGAAUAUAUGAGACUUAAAAGGCACAAGAUCUGUGUCGAUGAUUUUGAGCUGUUGACAAUAAUUGGAAGAGGUGCUUUUGGGGAGGUCAGGCUUUGCCGGGAGAAGUCAUCUUGCAAUAUUUAUGCCAUGAAGAAGUUGAAGAAAUCGGAAAUGGUUAGCAGGGGCCAGGUGGAACAUGUAAGAGCUGAAAGAAACUUGCUUGCUGAAGUUGCUAGCCAUUACAUUGUAAAACUAUACUAUUCAUUUCAAGAUGAUGAAUACCUUUACCUAAUCAUGGAAUAUCUUCCUGGAGGGGACAUGAUGACCCUACUUAUUAGAGAAGAUACCCUGACUGAAACUGUUGCUAGGUUUUAUAUUGCUCAGAGCGUGUUGGCGAUUGAAUCCAUUCAUAAACACAAUUAUAUUCACAGGGACAUAAAGCCUGACAACCUUCUGUUGGACAAAAAUGGUCACAUGAAGCUGUCAGAUUUUGGCUUGUGUAAGCCAAUUGAUUAUUCAAAGCUUUCAACAUUGAAGGAAGACGAACCCAUGCCUGAUGAAAAUAUUCGGGAAUCAAUGGAUAUAGAUAGGUUUUCAGAUAAAAAUAAUGAUAAUAUAUGGAAAAGCCCUCAAGAACAGCUACAACAUUGGCAAAUGAACAGAAGGAAGCUGGCAUUUUCUACAGUCGGAACACCAGACUAUAUUGCUCCUGAAGUAUUAUUGAAAAAAGGAUAUGGCAUGGAGUGUGAUUGGUGGUCAUUGGGUGCAAUAAUGUAUGAAAUGCUUGUUGGUUAUCCACCAUUCUAUUCUGAUGAUCCAAUAACUACUUGCCGAAAGAUUGUGCAUUGGCGAAAUCAACUCAAAUUUCCUGAAGAUUCAAGGUUGUCUCUAGAGGCAAAAGAUCUUAUUUGUAGAUUGUUAUGUGAUGUUGAGCACAGAUUUGGCAGUGGAGGGGCAGAUCAAAUAAAGGCUCAUCCUUGGUUCAAAGAUGUCGUUUGGGAUAAACUUUAUGAAAUGGAUGCGGCAUUUAAGCCUGAAGUUAAUGGUGAAUUAGAUACUCAGAACUUCUUGAAGUUCGAUGAAUUGGACCCCACUCCAUCAAGAACGGGAUCUGGGCCUUUAAGAAAGAAAUUGCUAAAUCCUCAAGAUUUGAGUUUUGUCGGAUAUACAUACAAGAACUUUGAUGCUGUCAAAGGGUUGAUCCAAUCUCAUGGUGAUGGUGGAAGGAAAUCAACUGGAGGAAGUGGUGACGUGGACAUGGUUUGUUCAGGCAACACAAUGACCCCAUAAGUCUGGCCAAUUCACCAGUGAAUUCAUCUAAGAUUAGUGCCCUACAAAUGUGGAUGUUGGACUUGCCUGCUCAUUUUUAGUCAGGUUUGUCCAAAUCCCAUGGUCCUGAUGAGCUACCGACUUCACAUUUAAUAGAACUAAACCAUAUUUAAGUUGUAUAGUAGUGUGUUAACGAUGUCUAUUAAAGGCAUAUGAGCUGUGGUUAUUAUGGUCCGGCUCCAGAGUCAGCUAUGUGGGCGCAUUCAUCCUUGAUGCCCGGGGUUGGCAGAACAAACUAUUUCUACCCUUGUGGCAGUUUCUUAUGAUGAUGCAAAUUCAACCUUUUUGUGGACGCUACAGAUUUAGCAAUGUUUGAUGUGAGAGGAACUGUCUAAAUUGUGUUUCCUUGAACCAAUAUUGAUCCAAUCAAUUUUGUCUAGUACAAGUUUUUGUUUACAGUGACUGGGAUCUCUGGGGCAAGUUGUUGUAUGUUCUGGAGUUAAUUCAAAAUUGUCCCUGAGAUAGGGUUGAGUUGGCUACUGUAGGGCAGAACUUGCUAUAAUCGACAAGGGUCGAUUAUCGGCAAAGUCGAACAAACAACCCUUCCUUGUAAUGGCCAACUAUAGCUUUUUGAGAUACUUCCUCAUAGAUGGUUGUCGGCCAACCAUGUGAGACCGCCUUUUGUUACAAUAGGGUUAAUUUGAAAAGUUUUCUUGUUUUGAUC